CGCGGCUCCACGAAGCCCCGCCCCAUUGAAGCACCUGGAGGCCUAGGGGCGGGGCGGGGCCCGGCGGCGGAGCGGAGCUGCACUGGGCGUCCGCUGUGAGGCUGCGGAGAGCUGUUCGGCGCGGCGUUGCAGGAGCUCCGUCUCCCCGCAAUAAAAGCAUCUGGACAACUUGGGGAAGAUAAAGUAUAUUCAAUUAAGUUGCUGACCCGGAUAUCCAGAAAGUAGGAAAUGCACAAUUUUGAGGACGAGUUGACGUGUCCCAUUUGUUACAGUAUUUUUGAAGAUCCUCGGGUACUACCAUGCUCUCACACAUUUUGUAAAAAUUGUUUGGAAAAUGUUCUUCAGGCAUCUGGUAACUUUUAUAUAUGGAGACCUUUACGAAUUCCACUCAAGUGUCCUAAUUGCAGAAGUAUUAUUGAAAUUGCUCCUACUGGUAUUGAAUCUUUACCUGUUAAUUUUGCAUUAAUGGCCAUUAUUGAAAAGUACCAGCAAGAAGACCAUCCAGAUAUUGUCACCUGCCCUGAACAUUAUAGGCAACCAUUAAAUGUUUAUUGUCUACUAGAUAAAAAAUUAGUUUGUGGUCAUUGCCUUACUAUAGGUCAACAUCAUGGUCAUCCCAUUGAUGACCUUCAAAGUGCCUAUCUGAAAGAAAAGGACACACCUCAGAAACUGCUUAAACAGUUAACUGACACAUACUGGACAGAGCUCACUCAUGUUAUUGAAAAGCUGGAAGAACAAAAAUCUCUUUCUGAGAAAAUGGUCCAAGGUGAUAAGGAAGUUGUUCUCCAGUAUUUUAAUGAACUUAGUGAUACAAUAGAACAGAAAAAAAAAACUUUCCUAACUGCUCUCUGUGAUGUUGGCAAUCUGAUUAAUCAAGAAUAUACUCCACAAAUUGAAAGACUGAAAGAAAUAAGAGAGCAACAGCUUGAACUGGUGGCACUGACAACAUCUUUACAAGAAGAGUCUCCACUUAAAUUUCUUGAGCAAGUUGAUGAUAUCCGCCAACGUGUGCAGCUCUUAAAACAAAGACCACUCCCUGACGUCCAACCUGUUGAGGUCUAUCCUCGAGUAAGCCAAAUACUGAAGGAAGAUUGGAACAGGACAGAAAUUGGACAAAUUAAUAAAGUUCUAAUUCCUGAAAUGAAGAUUUCUUCAAAAAAGAUGUUAUGUUCUUGGCCUGAAAAGGAUGAAAAAGAAGUUGAACUUAUAAAACUUUUAAACAUUGCUAUAGUUACGCUAAUUUCUAUGAUAUUGAUAGUCAUACUCUUUUUCAACCAACACAUAAUAACUUUUUUAAGUGAAGUUUCUUCAGUAUGUUUUUCUGAAGUCUCUCUAUCAGUUUACCAAAGUUUAUCUAAGAAUUUUCAUGAUUUAGAGACUGUACUGUCUCACACUUUAUACUUGUUGAAGGAAUUUAUCUGGAAAUUAGUUACUCAUUGAAAACUUAAAAUUGUUUAAAUGGGCUUAUUCUGUACAGCAGCAACUAAGCAUUGCUAAAUGGAGAAAUGGGUAGCACAAACAGCAAACCAGUUACAACAAAUACCAAUAUAUAGAAAUGUUAAACUUUUUAUGCUUCUGUUGGAUAGAAUGAUAUGUCAAUAUUAGAAAUGACACAGAACCUGGAACUUGAUUCAGAUCAAGUCAGUAUUAGAAAACUAGAAUAAGGAGCUGGCGUUGGUGGCAUAUUGGGUUGUCACUACCUGCAGUGCUGGUAUCCCAUAUGGGCGCCUGUUCAAAUCCCAGCUGCUCCACUUCCAAUCUAGCUCCCUGCUAAUGGCACUUGGGAAAGCAGAUGGCUUGAGUCCUUGGGCCCCUGCCACCACGUGGGAGACCCAGAAGCAUCUUCUGGCUCCUGACUUCUGCCUAGCACAGCCCUGGCUGUUGCAGCCAUCUGGAGAGUGAAGUGAACCAGUGGAUGGAAAAUCCAUUCCUCCCAUCCCCCCGGAAUUCUGUCUUUCAAAGAAAUCUUUUUUAAAAAAAACUAUAAUAAAAUGUAAUAAUGACUUGACUUUAAUAUUCAUAUUAUUCCUAUUAUUACUGACUUGAUAGAGGUAGAUUUAAGGCUGUUGUGACUUAUAAACACUUUUGUAUCUGUAUUGUCUUCUACUAUUUUAAUAUACUACACUAGUUAACUUUGCAAUUCUUCUAACAUUCAGAUUAAAAGAUGGCAAAAUACUCAAGGUGUAUAGGCCUUUAUUUUGAUGUGCUUGAAGUUUGAUUAAGGAUGGUAAAAGGUUUAAAAUCAAAGUAGCUGUCUAAAAGUGGUAAGGGAUUUGCUUAAAGAUCUUUUUGGAUCAGAUGUACCUGGUCCACACAUCAAAUGUGUUUCAGGUACUUAUUAGCCGUAUGUUUGACUACAUACAUUCCAAAUCUGUUUUUGGGUUGUUACAGUUUUAUCUUUGUGCGUGUUUGAGUUUUGCAGGAUAUUAAGGUCAAAUUCUUGGAUUAAAAUCUAAAACAUCACACCAAAACAGUCAUUUAUUUCUGUGACGUUCCAUCAGUUGAUUUUGAUGGCAUCAUGUGACCUGUAUUCAUCUUUAAAACACUGAGUUUUAAGAUGCCUGAAGUUCCCUUAUUUAUGUGAAAGUAGCAGCAAUUAAACAUUUUGAACUUUAUGACAGCGUAUGUGUAAAGUUAGAAUCUUUUAGUUCCUUAACAGGGACUCAAAUAGUGAUGUUUGUGCUAUUUUCUGAUCUGUGUCCAUGCAUGGAACUUUAAGUACAUUAUGGUUUGCUUUCUAGAAAUUCUAAGUGGGCUGCUCUUGUAUCCAUUCUCUGGGAGUCUUAGCUAGUUCUAUGACUUUGUAGGUCAGAUUAGGGAAUGUUCCUGGCCCUGCAGAUUAUAUAUGGAUAAACUAUUAAUAAACAUAGCUGUGUUCAAGAUA